GCUGCCGCAUUUGCCCACCGCGAUUCUUUUCUUGCAAUGUGUAGCUACCCGCUUAUUUGGAUCUUUCUACCUGAGCUCAGGUGCUCAGGUCAAUCGAUCUCCUCGUCUAACCCUUUCCUUUAACGUCAUAAAUUAUCAAGCACAGAUGAUAUCACCUCUAUUUCGAGAAUCAUUUGCAGAUCAAUGUGGCGGCCUUCUUUCUUUCUCCCUUCAGAAAUCGACACGCCUUGUUUAUUUCUUUCAACAAGCAUCAAUUAGUUUUUCUUACUGAUUGAAGUAAUCAAAGCCUUUUAUCGUUGAGCAAAUAUUCCUGUUGUGAUCGGUCACUAUGCGGUGCAUGAGUGGUGGUUAUGUUGUUUCCUUACACAAAUUUACAGAACAAACGACCAGGGAAUCAAAAUAAAGAUUUCCAUGAACAAUACCUUCUUGGUGAACAGACACUGUAGGGAUUUACAACAGCAGAAUGUUGCAUGGUGGAAGUUCUCCAAGCUUUUGUUCCUACACUUCUGUGCUUCCUUGUUUUUUUCUAGCAUUCUUCAUGUAUUUUAUUGCCGCCGUAUCUGUUGUGGUACCGGGCUCUAGUUGUUAUGCCCUGGAUAAUACCAGUCGCCUCGUUGAUUUUACUGACUGGAUUGGCCAUCCUUUUGAAUUUGAUGGAAAGGAUGCUGAUUUGGUUGUUCGAUUCUGCAAGGAUGUGGAGCAUCGAUCUCAAGUGGGGUAUGUUGAUUUUGGUCGUUAUGAAACUUCCAACUAUUUUGUAUCCAGUUCAGGGCCAGUGGACUUUGUUCAGGGGUAUUAUAAUGGAGACCUAAAAAAUUGUGAAAGUAGCUUUGACAAAAUGGGCCGUACAGCUCAGGUAGAGAUUAUAUGUGGAAGCUGCUUAAAUGGAGCAUGUAAAGGGGAACCUGGCUGCAUAUGUAGUGUAAAUUAUGAUCAAACAAUGUGCAGGGUUUUGGUUGAACUUGCAAUCCCAUGUGUUAAACAUGGUUCUCGAGUAUUUGAAGGUUUCACUGUUGGUUUUCAUCCUCGCACAUGGGAAGUUGUGUACAAUGGAAUGACCCAAGUAGGAUAUGAAAAACUUCAUAAUGAAUUCAGUUUUGGCACUGAGCAGACACAUGUAUCUCUCUAUCUGACAGCAGUCUCUUCUCUCUCUCGUCUUGUCAAAAAGCCACAUUUCAAGGUUAACCCCAAUAAAGGGCUUGAGGUCAAGUUGACGGGUUCAGCAGAAAGUGGCAGAGCCCCUACAACUUUAUCUCCUACAGUUCUAAACAUAUACUGGAGAUGUGAGCAGGCUCGUGAUACUCCUUAUGAGAUCGAGAUCUUGAUACCAGUUGAUGGUUAUGAUCCAAUUGGUUUCACCCUCACAAAGUUAUGCGAUUAUAAGCAAGGAAGAGAAGGUGAUGCUACUAGUGGCUGGGCUACAUUUGGAGUGCUUUCCUGCAUCUUCAUUGUGUCAUCUACUUUAAUUUGUUGUGGAGGGUUUAUCUACAAGACUCAUGUACAACUUCAGCAUGGUCUCGAUGCGUUGCCUGGAAUGACUAUCCUUUCUGCUCUAUUGGAAACAGUAACCAGGCCUCGGGUCUACUCAGCAGGAGAGGAGGAUAGCCGUAAUUUUGCAAACCAUGCAUCUUGGGAAUGUCCAGCUGCUUCAGCACAAGGGAGCCAGAGAACAGAUGAGAGGAGAUAUGGUUCAAUCUGAUAUGCUAUCUGUUCAUAAGAUG